AUGAAUAGCCAAUAUAUGCGUCAUGAAGUGCGGGGUUGUGAAACCAGUGACCUGAGGAACUUCUGGGAAAAGACCAUUGAACAACAAACUCAGUAUCUGCAAAAUGAAAAAGAACGUCAGCGAAGAAGUGCUCUGACAAAGCUCAGAAAUGAAUGGAUGGAGAGGCUGGAAAAACGGAUAAAGAUGUUGAGGACCCAAUCUGAAGACUCAUCCAGCUGAGGAGCCCUCACUCAUUAUACGUUUGGGAGGGGAAAAAAUGUGUUUUAUAAGAAAGCG